AUGGACCACGGAAUUGUUCUUAAUUUUGAACAGGAAAGAGAGCAAUUGGAAUCGUCUUUUGGAUCCUUUCGUCCAAAGCGUUAUCAUACUCUCCGAAAGGAAUUGAAACUGCAAAGUAGAAGCAAACGUAAACCUAAUACACCAUCAUCUGAAUUUUCCAUGAAAAAACAAUCAACCUACUUGGAGUGGAGAAAGUUUUUAUUAGAACAAAAAGGGCAAACUUUUGCUUUUGUACAACAUAAUCCUUCUAUGAAAUUAUCACCACAAGAUACCCUGAUGGUAUUUGAAGCAAAGAAACAACAAGAUCAAAUGAAACCACCACAGUUUUUAUUCCUCUCGGGUGGAACGACAAAUCUUGGAGAUAAGAAACAUAAGAGAACACAAAGUAAUAGACUCUCAGAUGGUGGAUCUUCCUAUCAGGAUCACUUGGAUUCUUCUCAAAUUUUAAAUACAGGAGACGAUACUGGAUCAGAGGAUAAUGUAGAUACUGCCGACACUAUUAGUCAAACUGCUCCACGAACUAAAUUAUCUGAAGUUUAUGAAUUUGUCGGAAUGCACCACAUUUUCGAAGUCGGAAAUGGAUAUGACGGAGUGGAAGUCACUUCAAUCAAGUUUGCCAAUGAUAAUAAUGAUUUGUUAGCUUUUGGUGCAACAGAUGGUUGCAUUUAUAUUGCUACAGCAUGGAAAAAACCAGAAAUUAUACACAAAUUGAAAGGGCACAAGGAUGCCAUCCUAGAUUUUGACUGGUCACUGAGUAACGAGUACAUUCUCAGUGUUUCUAAAGAUUCAACAAUUAGAAUAUGGAACACCACUACUGGUGCUUGUAUUAGAAUUCUUGAUAAGCAGGGAACGGUUAGGGCAGUGAAAUUCUUCCCAAGAAAUCCAAACUUUUUCUGUGUAGGUUUUGAAGGAGGACUUGUUGGUUUAUACAAUCUGAGUACUGGUAAAUUAGUGGAAAAACUCAAAAUUAACAAAUUAUCGAUGGGAAUGGGUAGUUUUGUCAAUAUUAACAUGUCACUAGGAGGAAGUAAUCAUGUUACUUCUGUUUUUUUCUCUACACAGGGAGAUCAAAUAUUUAUUGGAGAUGUGACUGGUUUCUUGUGGAUUUAUGAGUUUGAUAUUAACAAACUCUGUUUUGGUAAAUUAGUACAGAAAAUUAAGGUAUCACUCAAUGGAAAAGCCAUCACUUCUAUUGAUUAUCAAUUGUGGACUGGAAAUUCUUCUAAAGUUAAUCCUAGACUCUUGGUGAGUGCUAUGGAUAGUUAUGUUCACCUCUUCCAAUAUAGCCAAACAUCUGCAAAAUUUGUAGAAUCGAUAAGAUUCCCAGUCUCUCAAAAGAAUCACAGUGUAAAGAGUCACUUUUGUCCUCUUGUUUCAUUCAUGGCCAGUUCAUGCUUUGUGACAGGAAGUGAAUCGACGGAAAUUCUUUUCUAUUCUACCAAGUUUGGAGCUUCAAAUGCAAUUAACAGAUUAAUGGGUCACGCCUCUCCAGUUCUGGACGUCUCGUGGUCAUAUGAUGAAACAUUAUUGGCCAGUUGUGACAUGUCUGGUGUGGUAAUACUUUGGAAGAGAAGACCUUUGGAAGAUAAGGAUGUAUAA